AUGGGAUAUACAUUUCCAAACUUAUUCAAUAUUCAAGAGUUUGCAGCUGCUACUCAGACUUAUAAAUUUUCAUUAGUGUGUGAGAAAAAAGUUGAUGAAGCAGGGGCUGUUGAAAGACUAGGUGGCAUGCUUGAUGAAUGUAAAGAGUUGAGAACAAAAGUCUUAGAACAGUCAACAGUACCAUGGAACAGAAGAGAUCAUUUCGUUAUAGAACAUGACAUUAUUCAACAAUCUGUCAGGCCAAUUGUUUUGAUGGACUUUAUGGCAGGUGUUUUACCUGAUUCUAGCACCUUUGAUGUCACGCUGAUUAUUACACUGCUUAGACAUUUAAUAUCCCUGAAUCCUCCUGACAAUGGAUUUGACAAAUUGCCAUCGGUAACUAAUUCAACACCAUCUGCAGCCUUAGCAACCAUAAAAUAUUACAGAAACUACAUUGCACACUUGCAGGAGGCGAUCAUAAAGAGUUCUUAUUUCACCAAGGCUUGGAAUAAUAUUACUGGGGCUGUCGAAAGACUAGGUGGUAAACACAUGCUUGAUGAAUGCAAAGAGUUGAAAACAAAAGUCUUAGAAAAGUCAACAGUACCAUGGAACAGAAGAGAGCAAAUUAGUCAGAUGUUGGAGGUGUGGAAGAUGGACAAUUCAACUUUUGUUGAAACCAGAGCUGCCAAACAUGUACUGGAAUGUGUACACGAAAACAGUUUUGUAACUAUUACUGCUAGUGCGGGUGUUGGGAAAACAGCAACUCUACAAUAUGUGGCUUUAGUAAUGGCAGAUGAAGGGUACGAUGUUGUUCCGGUAACCAAUGCACAUGAUAUCGUUAAUUUUUACAAUCCAAACCAGAAAACACUUUUUGUUAUGGAUAACUUUUGUGGAACCUAUUCCAUAAACCAGUUUGAACUUAACAUCCUGGAGUCAGACAUGAAACAUAUGAAAGUACUGUUUCAAAAUAAACUUACUAAAAUCAUUGUGGCAUGUCGAUUACAAGUAUAUCAGGAUCACAAGUUUGAGUUAAUGUCAAUUUUCAGGACAUGUGUAUGUAACCUGAUGUCUGACGAUUUGUGUUUAUCCAAAACAGAGAAACAAUCAAUAGCAGAAUUAUAUCUUAAUACAUCUGCUUUGGAAAUUUUACCAUUCUGUGAUUUAUAUGAUUGUUUUCCACUUCUCUGUAAAUUGUUUAGUGAUAAUCAUGAUAAUCCUGAACUCAAUAUUACAGAUUUCUUCAAGAAUCCUUUUUCAGUUUAUGAGGCGGAAAUCGAUAUGUUUCUAAAAAAAGGGAAUAAUGAAAAGUAUUGUGCUUUGGCAUUGUUUGUCAUGUUCAACAAUGCAUUGAAGGAGGAAUGGUUGACAGAUGAAAUAGACACAGUAAUAAGAAAAAAGGUAGAAAACACAUAUGAGGCAUGUAAACUAGACAGAGGAACAUCACGGCUUGUUCUACUUGACGAAAUUAAGUCACUUGAAUAUACAUUCGUUAGGAAAGACCAAGGUAUAUACAAAACUAUACACGAUACAAUAUUUGACUUUCUGGUUUAUUAUUUUGGAAAAAGAAUGAUCCAGUGCGUUAUUCGGAAUGCAGACAGUGAGAUUGUGGGGCAGAGGGUUUUAUUAGAAAAAACAGAUGACAUGAAACAGUUUAUCAUUGUUGUACCACCUGUAUACCAUCAGAUGUACAUGCAGAGAUUGAUUGAUGACUGGUCUAUCAAUAGAAUACAGGUUUUGUCUCAAAACAUCAACAUGAGGAUACCAGAGUUUAGGCAGAGAUUCCUGCAUUAUUUGGAAACACUCGAUAUUCCAUUCCAGAAACGGUUAGCACGGACAUGUGAUAUUGCAAACAACGAUACUGUACUUUUACAGUGUUGUCAAUGGGGGGAUAUUUCUCUGAUUCAGUGGUGUAUUUAUCACGGUGUUGAAGUUAACAAGUGCAACAGUGAAGGUAUUAGUCCAAUGCACGUAUCUGCGCAAGAAGGAAACACAAAUAUAAUAAAGUUGCUACUGGAGAACAAAGGAGAUAUUGAUAGGCGUAGAGAUAAUGGGGAAACACCUUUGUCAAUUGCUUGCCAGCAAAAUCAUAUUGAGACAGUAAAAGUUUUACUUACAAACAAAGCAGAUAUCAAUAUAUGUAUGGCUAACGAAGCAUCUCCUUUUUUAACUGCUUGUCAGAAUAAUCAUAUGGAAAUAGUUAAGAUUUUACUGUACAACAAAGCCGACGUCAACAAAUGUAUGGAUAAUGGAGAAUCAGCUUUGUGUGUGGCUUGUCAGGCGAAUCAUGUUAACAUAGUAAAGGUAUUACUUGAGAACGGGGCAGACGUUAAUAAAUGCACCGACUAUGGAGAAUCUCCUUUGUUGAGAGCUUGUCAGGCCAAUCAUGAAGAAAUUGUUAAGCUUUUAAUUGAUUACAAGGCAGACAUUAAUCAGAGCAAGGACAAUGGAGCAACGCCUUUGUUAGUUGCGUGUGCUAACAACGACUUAAAGGUAGUGAACGUCUUACUGGACAACAAGGCAGACAUAAAUAGGUGUUUGCAUGAUGGAUUAUCUCCUUUAAUGGUUGCUUGUAUAAAUCAAAAUGCUGACAUAGUAAAAGUGUUGGUGGAUAACAUGGCAGAUAUUAAUCAGUGUACAAAUAUUGGAAUUUCUCCUUUGUGUAUGGCUAGUGAGAAGAAUUGUAUAGAGAUAGUAAAAGUUCUACUUGCCAACAAGGCUGAUAUUAAUCAGUGUGGUGAUGAUGAAGUGUCUCCUUUGUAUAUCGCUUGUCAGAUGAAUUACUUGGAACUCGUGAAGUUUCUACUUGAAAACAAACCAGACAUAAAUAAAUGUAAAAAUACCGGAGCAUCGCCCUUGUUUAUUGCCGUGCAGUUAAAGCAUACAGAAGUAGUUAAAUGUUUACUGGACCACAAGGCUGAUAUCAACAAGUGUGUAGAUACUGGGGAAUCACCAUUAUAUGUUGCUUGUGAGAAUAAUGAUAAAAUGUUAGUCAAUAUUUUAUUAAGCAAUAAGGCAAAUAUAAAUUGGUGUAAGAAAAAUGGAGAAUCUCUUUUAUAUACUGUUUGUCAGAGGAACUUUAUAGAAAUAGCGAAGGUUUUAUUGCACAACAAGGCGGACAUUGAUAAGUGUAGGGAAGAUGGGGGAUCUCCUUUGUUUAUUGCUUGUCAGAAUAAUCAUUUACAAAUAGUAAGGCUUUUAUUGGAAAACAAAGCCGACAUUGAUAAGUGCAGGAAUAAUGGAGCAUCUUCUUUGUGUGUUGCAUGUCAGAAUAAUCAUCUAGAAAUAGUAAGGCUUUUACUUGAAAACAAGGCUGACAUUCAUAAAUGCAUGACUGGUGGACUAUCUCCUUUGUUCCUUGCUUGUGAGAAUGAUAACAUAGAGAUAGUAAAUAGUUCACUGGAGAACAAAGCCGACAUUAACAAGUCUACCGAUAUUGGAGAAUAUCCUUUGUUUAGAGCUUGUAAGACCAAUCAUACAGAAAUUGUUAAGCUUUUAAUUGAUUACAAGGCAGACAUUAAUCAGAGCAAGGACAAUGGAGCAACGCCUUUGUUGGUUGCGUGUGCUAAAAAUGACUUAAAGUUAGCGAACGUCUUACUGGACAACAAGGCAGACAUAAAUAGGUGUUUGCAUGAUGGAUUAUCUCCUUUAAUGGUUGCUUGUAUAAAUCAAAAUGCAGACAUAGUAAAAGUGUUGGUGGAUAACAUGGCAGAUAUUAAUCAGUGUACAAAUAUUGGAAUAUCUCCUUUGUAUAUGGCUAGUGAGGAGAAUUGUGUAGAGAUAGUAAAAGUUCUACUUUCCAACAAGGCUGAUAUUAAUCAGUGUGGUGAUGAUGGAGUGUCUCCUUUGUAUAUCGCUUGUCAGAUGAAUUACUUGGAACUCGUGAAGUUUCUACUUGAAAACAAACCAGACAUAAAUAAAUGUAAAAAUACCGGAGCAUCGCCCUUGUUUAUUGCCGUGCAGUUAAAGCAUACAGAAGUAGUUAAAUGUUUACUGGACCACAAGGCUGAUAUCAACAAGUGUGUAAAUACUGGGGAAUCACCAUUAUAUGUUGCUUGUGAGAAUAAUGAUAAAAUGUUAGUCAAUAUUUUAUUAAGCAAUAAGGCAAAUAUAAAUUGGUGUAAGGAAAAUGGAGAAUCUCUUUUAUAUACUGUUUGUCAGAGGAACUUUAUAGAAAUAGCGAAGGUUUUACUGCACAACAAGGCGGACAUUGAUAAGUGUAGGGAAGAUGGGGGAUCUCCUUUGUUUAUUGCUUGUCAGAAUAAUCAUUUACAAAUAGUAAGGCUUUUAUUGGAAAACAAAGCCGACAUUGAUAAGUGCAGGAAUAAUGGAGCAUCUUCUUUGUGUGUUGCAUGUCAGAAUAAUCAUCUAGAAAUAGUAAGGCUUUUACUUGAAAACAAGGCUGACAUUCAUAAAUGCACGACUGGUGGACUAUCUCCUUUGUUCCUUGCUUGUGAGAAUGAUAACAUAGAGAUAGUAAAUAGUUCACGGGAGAACAAAGCCGACAUUAACAAGUCUACCGAUAUUGGAGAAUAUCCUUUGUUUAGAGCUUGUAAGACCAAUCGUACAGAAAUUGUUAAGCUUUUAAUUGAUUACAAGGCAGACAUUAAUCAGAGCAAGGACAAUGGAGCAACGCCUUUGUUGGUUGCGUGUGCUAAAAAUGACUUAAAGUUAGCGAACGUCUUACUGGACAACAAGGCAGACAUAAAUAGGUGUUCGCAUGAUGGAUUAUCUCCUUUAAUGGUUGCUUGUAUAAAUCAAAAUGCAGACAUAGUAAAAGUGUUGGUGGAUAACAUGGCAGAUAUUAAUCAGUGUACAAAUAUUGGAAGAUCUCCUUUGUGUAUGGUUAGUGAGAAGAAUUGUAUAGAGAUAGUAAAAGUUCUACUUGCCAACAAGGCUGAUAUUAAUCAGUGUGGUGAUGAUGGAGUGUCUCCUUUGUUAAUCGCUUGUCAGAUGAAUUACUUGGAACUCGUGAAGUUUCUACUUGAAAACAAACCAGACAUAAAUAAAUGUAAAAAUACCGGAGCAUCGCCCUUGUUUAUUGCCGUGCUUUUAAAGCAUACAGAAGUAGUUAAAUGUUUACUGGACCACAAGGCUGAUAUCAACAAGUGUGUAGAUACUGGGGAAUCACCAUUAUAUGUUGCUUGUGAGAAUAAUGAUAAAAUGUUAGUCAAUAUUUUAUUAAGCAAUAAGGCAAAUAUAAAUUGGUGUAAGAAAAAUGGAGAAUCUCCUUUAUAUACUGUUUGUCAGAGGAACUUUAUAGAAAUAGCGAAGGUUUUACUGCACAACAAGGCGGACAUUGAUAAGUGUAGGGAAGAUGGGGGAUCACCUUUGUUUAUUGCUUGUCAGAAUAAUCAUUUACAAAUAGUAAGGCUUUUAUUGGAAAACAAAGCCGACAUUGAUAAGUGCAGGAAUAAUGGAGCAUCUUCUUUGUGUGUUGCAUGUCAGAAUAAUCAUCUAGAAAUAGUAAGGCUUUUACUUGAAAACAAUGCUGACAUUCAUAAAUGCACGACUGGUGGACUAUCUCCUUUGUUACUUGCUUGUGAGAAUGAUAACAUAGAGAUAGUAAAUAGUUUACUGGAGAACAAAGCCGACAUAAACAAGUCUACCGAUAUUGGAGAAUAUCCUUUGUUUAGAGCUUGUAAGACCAAUCAUACAGAAAUUGUUAAGCUUUUAAUUGAUUACAAGGCAGACAUUAAUCAGAGCAAGUACAAUGGAGCAACGCCUUUGUUGGUUGCGUGUGCUAAAAAUGACUUAAAGGUAGCGAACGUCUUACUGGACAACAAGGCAGACAUAAAUAGGUGUUCGCAUGAUGGAUUAUCUCCUUUAAUUGUUGCUUGUAUAAAUCAAAAUGCAGACAUAGUAAAAGUGUUGGUGGAUAACAUGGCAGAUAUUAAUCAGUGUACAAAUAUUGGAAGAUCUCCUUUGUGUAUGGCUAGUGAGAAGAAUUGUAUAGAGAUAGUAAAAGUUCUACUUGCCAACAAGGCUGAUAUUAAUCAGUGUGGUGAUGAUGAAGUGUCUCCUUUGUAUAUCGCUUGUCAGAUGAAUUACUUGGAACUCGUGAAGUUUCUACUUGAAAACAAACCAGACAUAAAUAAAUGUAAAAAUACCGGAGCAUCGCCCUUGUUUAUUGCCGUGCAGUUAAAGCAUACAGAAGUAGUUAAAUGUUUACUGGACCACAAGGCUGAUAUCAACAAGUGUGUAGAUACUGGGGAAUCACCAUUAUAUGUUGCUUGUGAGAAUAAUGAUAAAAUGUUAGUCAAUAUUUUAUUAAGCAAUAAGGCAAAUAUAAAUUGGUGUAAGAAAAAUGGAGAAUCUCCUUUAUAUACUGUUUGUCAGAGGAACUUUAUAAAUAUAGCGAAGGUUUUACUGCACAACAAGGCGGACAUUGAUAAGUGUAGGGAAGAUGGGGGAUCUCCUUUGUUUAUUGCUUGUCAGAAUAAUCAUUUACAAAUAGUAAGGCUUUUAUUGGAAAACAAAGCCGACAUUGAUAAGUGCAGGAAUAAUGGAGCAUCUUCUUUGUGUGUUGCAUGUCAGAAUAAUCAUCUAGAAAUAGUAAGGCUUUUACUUGAAAACAAGGCUGACAUUCAUAAAUGCAUGACUGGUGGAGUAUCUCCUUUGUACAUUGCUUGUGAGAAUAAUUAUAUUGAUAUUGUAAAAAUUUUACUGGAGAACAAGGCCGACAUUAAUAAGUCUUCUGAUUCUGGGAAAUCUCCGUUGUUUAGGGCUAGUAUGCUGAAUCAUGUUGUUACGGUUAAAGUUUUAUUGAACAACAAGGCAGAUAUUAAUAAAUGUGGUGGUGAUGGAGUAUCUCCUUUGUGUGUGGCUUGUGAAAAAAAUAAUAAAGCGAUAGUCAGAAUGCUAAUACACAACAAAGCUGACAUUAAUAUGUGUAACAAUAAUGGAGUAACUCCUUUGUUUGUUGCUUGUCAGAAAAAUCGGAUAGAGAUCAUUCAAGUUUUGUUAGAAAAUAAGGCAGACAUUAAUAAAUGUACAUAUGAUGGGGCUUCUCCGUUGUUUAUUGCUUGUAAGAAUAAUCAUUUUGAGGUUGUUUAUAUAUUACUGAACAACAAUUCAGACGUUAAUAAAUGUUUGGUUAACGGAACAUCUCCUUUGUUGAUUGCUUGUCGAAACAAUCAUAGAGAAAUAGUGAAACUAUUAUUGGACAACGAGUCCGACAUCAAUAUGUGUAAUGCUAAUGGAGCAUCUCCACUGUUUGUUGCCUUUAUGACGAAUAAUAUAGACAUAGUGAAAUUACUAGAAGAAAAUGGUGCAGAUUGCAAUUAUGCACUGACAAUAAUGAGGAAGCUAGUUGCGACAACAAACAAAGAGAUCCUAUAUGAAAGAGAGAUUGAUGAUCAAUUGGGACAUAAAUAA